AUGUCGACGCCACCAGAUAGCCCAACGAAGGGGUUGGCUUCAUCUCAAGCUACCGUGAAGCAUCUGAAGCAUCUCUUUGAUGUGCUUUCAAAGGUGCUGCCUGACCUUACCAACCGAGGACCUACAAACACUCAUGUCUUUCAAGAGCAUCACCAACCAGGCCCGGGCAUGGUUCAACUGAAGCAGUUGCUGGUGAAGCUAAUCGACGAUGGAUACUCUUCAUUUGGGCACUUCGUGGCAACUAAGCCCGCUCAGUUCUAUUUGGCCGACAAUCAACUGGGAGAGGACGCUCAGGCGAAAAAUGCUAGGUAG